UGGAGUCUUGCCACCUCCCUUACCCUUGGCAGGCUGAUCGACCUUGUCGUUGUGCUAAGCCGGGAUGACGACCCUCUCCGCCACCAAGCCCAAGCCCUCCGCCCUCCACACUCUCAAAGUAGACCCCUUGGCUCGCUUCAACCGUGUCCACUCUCUCCUCUACUCCCUUGGCAUCCUUGCCCUCCUCUACCGCCACUGCACCUCCUUCCUCGCCUCCCCCUCCUUCCUCUCCCUCCUCCUCUUCCUCGCCGAUCUUGUCCUUGCCUUCAUGUGGGGUCUAGUCCAGCCGUUUCGGUGGCGCUCGGUCCGCCGCCGGGAAUUCCCGGAACGCCUCAUGGACACGGUGGGGCGCCGGGAGGACUUGCCGGCGCUGGAUGUGUUUAUAUGCACCGCGGACCCACACAAGGAGCCGCCCAUGAGCGUCGUGAGCACCGCGCUCUCGGUGAUGGCCUUCGACUAUCCGACCGAUAGGCUGUCGGUCUAUGUCUCCGAUGAUGGGGGCUCGGAGGUGACUCUUUUCGCGUUCAUGGAGGCGGCCAUGUUCGCCAGGUACUGGUUACCCUUCUGCAGGGAGAACGGGGUUCAGGAGAGGUCUCCUGAGGCCUACUUCAGCUCCAAUAUGUGUGAGAACUAUGACAAGAUGAAGAUGAUGUAUCAAGCCAUGAAAGAGAAGGUGGAGAAUGCACUACAAAGAGGCCAUGUUGCUGGCAAUGAUUUAAUUGCCGCUUCGGAAGAACUAGAGAUUUUCAAGAAAUGGAAGGGAUUUACCCGUCGUGAUCACCCUUCAAUAAUUCAGGUUUUGCUGGAAAGCAGUAAAGACGCGGAUAUCAUGGGCGAUGCAUUACCAAACCUCAUCUACGUUUCCAGAGAGAAAAAUAUCACUUCUCCUCACCACUUCAAGGCUGGUGCUCUCAAUGCCUUGGUCCGCGUGUCCAGCAUCAUGACCAAUGCCCCGGUGGUCCUCACUUUGGACUGUGACAUGUACUCGAAUGACCCCAAGUCUCCUUUCCGAGCUCUGUGCUAUUUGUUGGACCCAGCCAUGGCUUCCAAGCUAGCCUACGUCCAGUUUCCGCAGCACUUCGAGGGGCUCAACGAGGGCGACAUCUACGGGGGCGAGAUUAAGCGCCUGUUUCGAACUAACGCGCGAGGGAUGGAUGGGUUCGGUGGGCCCAACUACGUGGGCUCUAAUUGCUUCUUUUCGAGGCGAGCCUUGGGCGGCAUCCGCUCCUCGGCCCUGGCUCCGUUGGACUCGCACGAAUCGAAAGAGCCGAGGCCGUGUGGUUCGUUGCGUUUGGACUCGGUGAUGAAACGGGCUCAUGAAGCGGCUGGUUGCGACUACGAGGUUGGCACGAAAUGGGGUUCAACGAUUGGAUUUCGAUAUGGGUCGCUUGUUGAAGACUUUUACACAGGCUAUCGCCUUCACUGCGAAGGUUGGGUGUCCGUAUUUUGUGAUCCUGAGAGGCCGGCGUUCUCAGGCGAUGCACCAAAGAACUUAAACGAUGCCCUCGGCCAAGUCAAGAGGUGGUGCAUUGGGCUCUUAGAGGUGGCCAUCUCAAAGCACAAUCCCCUCACUUUUGGGAUCAGGAAGGCUUCCUUGCCCUUGGGCUUGUGCUAUGGAUAUUACGCUUAUUGGGGAUCAUGGUGUAUUCCCUCCACAAUCUAUGCUUUUCUCCCACCAUUAGCUCUCAUCAAUCAAAAGCGCUUGUUCCCCGAGGUUUCUGACCCAUGGUUCUAUCUGUAUGCCUACCUCUUCUUGGCUGCCUACUCUACCGACCUUGUCGACUUCCUCAGGGCUGAGGGAACAAUUCAUAGGUGGUGGAAUGAUCAAAGGAUGUGGAUGGUGAGAGGCGUCACAUCUUUCCCCUUUGGAACUACCCAGUUUGUUCUCAAUCAUGUCGGAAUAUCCACUCCAGGGUUCAACGUAACCAGCAAAGUGACGGAAGAGGAGCAGAGCGAGCGAUAUGACAAGGGGAUGUUUGAUUUUGGUGGCGUAGCAUCGCCGUUCUUCGUGGGUUUGGGUACGGUGGCCAUCGUAAACCUGAGUUCCUUCCUCAUGGGGAUUGCAAGAGCUGCAAGGAUCGAGGGGGUUUUCGAUGAAAUGUUCGUGCAGUUGUUCUUAUCCGGAUUCGUCGUGGCCAACUGCUUGCCUAUCUAUGAGGCCAUGUUUCUGAGGAAGGAUGCAGGGAAGAUGCCAGGAAAUGUUACGUUAAUCUCCAUUUUGGUGGCAGGUUUCCUUCACUUGAUUGGAUAUUUCAUGUUCACAAUUUGAUGAGGUUGGCGUAACCAUAGUAUGAUUGUAAUUGCAACCAGUCUAUUUAGUUCAAUAUUUUCGCUCAGAUACCUGUAGUAGUAUUUUAUGGUGUCAUAGUCCCAUAAUAAUUCUAAUAAAAGAGGUAUCACAUAAGUUUAUUA